AUGAGACGACCUGAUGUGGCGGUGACUACUGUGUCUCACUCGUCGGCUUCCGUCCCACUAGCGCUGAGCAGCAGAAGUAAUCGCCGCAUGAAUCUGUCUACCGGGUCGCUCGCUCCCUCUUCCUCUGUCGCCAACAUAGGCGGUUGGUCACUACCGUCUUUCAACCAUUUUAUGACGCUACCCCGACGCUUCAUGCCCCCGAGUUUUAGCGCCUCUACUGGCAACAACGUUUCCAGAAGUCUAGAUACCGGAAGUGGCAACGUGGUAGCAGCUAUGAUACGAAGAAGCAGAAGUGGUGCUUCUAACAGCACAGCGAUGGAAAGUCUACCCCACGAAGAGAACACGGAGUAUGGCACCCUUGACCACUUUAUGUUACGCCCGAUUGUACAUUUUCAAGGCGCUAGGGACGCUGAUGAUGCAGUUCCAGAUCCAGUGCAUCAUCAGGAGGAGAUCGAUCUUACUUUUUCGUCGGAGGAAGACGAAGACGGCGGUCAGGACGCAACAGACAGCAGCGAUGUCAUCGAGAUUUUGGAUACAGCGGAAUCGCCAGGCAUUUCGAUGCCGUUUUGUCGAAAACGACGUCGGUCACGAAUAAAUGGAGACAAUUUGGUAUCUAAACACCAGCGUAUAACGGACAUGAUGAAAAGUGCUGAGUCUACAAGCAUCAAUAUGCAAAAUAGCGAGGUAGUGGAGGAGUUUAAGAGGCGACUUAAGUGCAGCAUCUGCCUAGAUGUGCUGGAAGACAUGACUUCCACAUUAUGUGGCCAUAUUUUCUGCGCUGGCUGCAUUCACGAAGCGAUCCGAGCGAAUGGAAAAUGUCCAUUGUGUCAGCGUCGUCUUCAUGUAAAGGACACCCAUCGCCUGUAUUUUUGA